ACAGGGGUUCAAAUCCUCUUCUUAGUUAUAAACCUUGCCACCAUCAUACAUCUAAUUAACCAUCUUUUAUAUAUAAUUCCAGUUCUUCUAGCCGUAGCAUUUUUAACCUUAAUUGAACGAAAGGUUUUAGGUUAUAUACAACUUCGAAAGGGUCCCAACUUAGUUGGCCCUUACGGGCUCCUCCAACCAAUUGCUGACGGUAUUAAGCUUUUUAUUAAAGAACCUGUUCGACCUUCAUCAUCAUCUUCCACUCUCUUUAUUCUCGCCCCCAUCCUUGCCCUUACCUUAGCCUUAACCUUGUGAGCUCCUAUACCCAUACCCCACCCAGUUUUGGAUAUUAACCUUACAAUCUUACUCCUUCUAGCCGUCUCUAGCCUUGCAGUGUACUCAAUUCUGGGAUCCGGGUGAGCAUCAAAUUCAAAGUAUGCACUAAUUGGGGCCCUACGAGCCGUAGCACAAACGGUUUCAUAUGAAGUCAGUUUAGGCUUGAUUUUACUUGCCUCCAUUAUCCUCACCGGUGGCUUUACCCUACAAACAUUCAAUAUAACCCAAGAAGCCAUUUGACUAAUCUUACCAGCCUGACCUCUUGCUGCAAUAUGAUAUGUAUCAACCCUUGCCGAAACUAACCGGACCCCUUUUGAUCUAACAGAAGGUGAAUCAGAAUUAGUAUCAGGUUUUAAUGUUGAGUAUGCCGGCGGACCCUUCGCAUUAUUUUUUCUAGCAGAGUAUGCUAAUAUUCUUGUAAUAAACACUUUAUCAGCAAUUCUAUUUCUAGGAACAACCACCCUUCCUUUAGUACCAUAUCUUACCACCUCAGUUUUGAUAACUAAAGCGGCUUUUCUUUCAAUACUCUUUUUAUGAGUCCGAGCUUCAUACCCCCGAUUUCGCUAUGACCAACUAAUACACCUCACAUGAAAAAACUUCUUACCCCUUACACUAGCCUUAAUCAUUUGACAUUUAUCUCUUCCCAUUACAUUAGCAGGCCUACCUCCCCAACUUUAAAUUAAAAACGAUAGUUGUAACCCAAAACACCAAUUUAAUAAACACCCAAUAAGGGUAAAAACCCUUUAAUACUCCUUAGAAAGAAGGGGAUCGAACCCUACUGAAGAGAUCAAAACUCUUAGUGCUCCCAUUACACCACUUCCUAAAAGUAAAGUCAGCUAAUAAAGCCCUUAGGCCCAUACCCUGAAAAUGUGGGUUAAAAUCCCCCCUUUACUAAUGCCUCCCGUAUUAAUCCCUCCGGCAGUCUUAGUAACUUUAGUGUCCAUUGCCUCUCUUAUUGUUACCUUGGCUUUCGCAAACUCAUGUUGGGUUUUAGCGUGGGUUGGAUUGGAGAUUAAUGCCCUAGCUAUAUUACCCCUUAUCAGUCAGCCUGCAAAUUCCCACACUCUUAACCCAGCCCCUAAAUAUUUCCUGGCUCAAACUACUGCCUCCGUAUUAAUCCUCUUUGCUACCAUUCUUAACACUUGGAUCACUGGCCAAUGAUCCCUUAACAUAACAUCGGACCCCACCGCGCUUAAUGUGGCUACCCUUGGACUCCUAAUUAAGCUAGGUAUUGCCCCAGUCCACAUAUGGUUACCAGAAGUAAUAAAAGAUAUCCCUUUACACUCUGCUCUCCCUAUAGCCACAUGACAAAAACUAGCCCCCUUCACCCUUUUAGCUCAAUUAACACCUCAUAAUUAUGAGGUGCUUGUAGCCCUAGGCUUAUUAUCUGUUUUCAUUGGCGGCUGAGGCGCAUUAAAACAGCUCAACUUACGUAAACUCAUAGCCUAUUCCUCAACUGCCCACUGAGGGUGCAUCCUUUUAAUUCUUCAGUUUUCUAAACCUCUUGCAUUAAUAACACUUCUAGCUUACUUUCUUAUAACCUUUUCCGUAUUCACUUUGUCUAACAUAUGAUAUGCCAUGGCUAGCCACGCUUUAUGCAUCUCAUGAUCUAAGGUAGCCCCUUUUAGCGGCCUUACCCCUCUGAUUAUCUUAUGCCUUGGGGGACACCCUCCUUUUGAUUAUCAUUGACCACUUUGGAUGCUUUGAUGAUUCCCCUUGAUAACCAGCUUUGGUGCCUUAACAGUACUUAUAACGCUUUAUUCCCUCAUAAGCCUAUUAUUCUACCUACGGUUAUCAUAUGCGUUUGUUUUGUUAACCCCUCAUGAUAUAAAACCUAGCAAGACCUCCCGACAUUUGAUUAAUCUACAUAUCACAAUACGCCUGCUUAAUACGGUGAUUAUAGGAUUAAUUACAGUUUAUGUACUUCACAACAUAUGGCCUUAAUUUUUUAAACAGCUUGAACAAGGGAUUUAGGUUAACUUAAACCAGGAGCCUUCAAAGCCCCUAAUAGGAGUUAAAAUCUCCCAAUCCCUGAAGGUUGCUUUUAUACAUCAACUGCACACAAUAGUUGAGUAAAAUUAGAACUUUGCUACUCAAACAAGCUUAUUACCCUACAAAUUUUAAUUAAAAAUACACACCUAAAACAACAAAAAGAUUAUUUUUUACCAUACAAGCGACCUUAAACUAGUUCAGGGUUUUAAAGUCAAAUGUAUAAAAGAACCUUUAUGCAUAUCUUUCUAACAGAGGACAUAGAUACCUUAAUAAUAAACGCUUUAUUAACAUUCUACUUGUAUGGCCAAUCUCGCCUUAAUUUAAAUUAGGAGUUGUGCCCGAAUUCUAAGGGCCACUUUGAUAGAGUGCUUAAUAGGGGUUAAAGUCCCCUCAGCUCCUUAAAAACAGAACUUAAACACUAAGCAAGUUAAAACACCUAGUGCUUUUGUUAUAUAUUCAUAAAAGUAAAAUCAGCUAAUCAAGCUAUUGGGCCCAUACCCCAAAAAUGUAGGUUAAACCCCGCCUUUUACUAAUACACCCAGUUGCACUCCUUGUAAUAGUAUUUUCCCUUUCUCUUGGCGUUACCCUAACUUUUGCAAGUUCAUAUUGAAUCCUAGCAUGAGUCGGAUUAGAAAUUAAUACACUAGCUAUUUUACCUCUUAUAAGCCAAACUAUAUACUCCCGCCCUGUUGAAGCAGCUACAAAAUACUUCCUAGCCCAAGCUGCUGCCUCCGCAUUAAUCCUUUUUGCCAUCAUAUUUAACGCUUGAACCACGGGUGAAUGGUCAAUCAACACAACAUCGGACCCCACCGCAAUUAAUGUAGCUACCCUAGGACUCGCUAUGAAAUUAGGGGUCGCCCCCCUCCACAUUUGGUUGCCAGAGGUCUUGCAAGGUGUAACUUUAACCACUGGCCUGAUUCUAUCCACCUGACAAAAGUUAGCCCCAUUUGCCCUUUUAUCUCAAUUAACACCCCACAAUCAAGAGGUGUUCCUCAUUAUGGGGUUAUUAUCAACCUUUAUUGGCGGCUGGGGUGGCUUAAAUCAAACUCAGUUGCGUAAACUUUUAGCCUAUUCCUCAAUUGCCCACUUAGGCUGAGUAUUUUUAAUUAUACAAUUCUCUAAGCCUCUUGCAUUAGUAACACUUUUUACUUAUUUUCUGAUAACCUUCUCCGUGUUUACUUUAUCUACUAUAUAUAAAGCUACAACUAUUAACUCCUUAUCCAUCUCUUGAUCUAAAGCACCUGCCCUUACUGCCCUAACCCCUUUAGUUAUCCUAUCCCUCGGAGGACUUCCCCCUCUGACUGGCUUUGGACCAAAGUGGAUGAUUUUGUUUAACCUUUCAAUGGCUGAUCUUAAUAUCCUGGCAGUCCUCGCAGCAUUCUCUUCCCUUAUUAGCUUAUACUUUUACCUCCGAUUAACAUAUGCAUUUACCCUGAUAACCCCUCCAAACAUCACACCUGGCGCAGCCUCUUGACGCUUAAUAAAUUUGCAUCUCACAAUACGCCUAGCUAUCCCAGUAACUUUAACACUGAUACUACUCCCCGUACUACCGAACAUUUUGUCCAUAUUCUUCUAAGAACACCACACGAGGGAUUAUUUUAAUUUAUACUAGGGGCCUUAAAAGACCCCUGUGGGAGUUAAAACCUCCUAACCCUUAUAAGACCUGCAGGUUAUUACCCCACAUCGACUGCGUGCAAAACAGACACUUUAAUUAAGCUAAAGCCUUACUAGACAGGCAGGCCUUUAUCCUACAAGUUCCUAGUUAACAGCUAGGCGCCCAAACCAGCGAGCAUCUGUCUACCUUUCCCCCGCCUUUAAAGGCGGGAAGGCGGGGGAAAGCCCCGGCAGACGUUAACCUGCUUCUUUAGAUUUGCAAUCUAACAUGUAACACCUCAAGGCUUGAUAAGAAGGGGGAUUAAACCCCUGUGUAUGGAGCUACAAUCCACCGCUUACUCAGCCACCUUACCUGUGAUAAUUUCUCGUUGAUUUUUCUCCACCAACCAUAAAGACAUUGGCACCCUUUAUUUAGUAUUUGGUGCUUGAGCUGGUAUAGUAGGUACUGCUCUUAGCCUCCUUAUUCGGACUGAACUCAGUCAACCAGGUGCUCUUCUUGGAGAUGACCAAAUCUACAACGUCACCGUGACUGCCCAUGCUUUCGUAAUAAUCUUUUUUAUAGUAAUACCAAUUAUAAUUGGGGGUUUUGGAAACUGACUUAUUCCUUUAAUAAUUGGUGCCCCUGAUAUAGCAUUUCCUCGUAUAAAUAAUAUAAGCUUCUGACUUUUACCCCCAGCUUUCCUUCUUUUACUUGCAUCCGCAGCUGUGGAAGCUGGAGCUGGUACAGGAUGAACAGUUUACCCCCCCUUAGCCGGCAACCUUGCCCAUGCCGGAGCUUCUGUUGACUUAACUAUUUUUUCUCUUCACCUGGCUGGUGUCUCAUCAAUUCUAGGGGCUAUCAACUUUAUUACCACUAUUAUUAAUAUGAAACCCCCUGCAAUUACACAAUACCAGACCCCUUUAUUUGUAUGAGCCGUUCUAAUUACAGCCGUACUUCUUUUAUUAUCCCUUCCUGUAUUAGCAGCUGGCAUUACCAUACUGCUCACUGACCGGAAUCUAAACACGACUUUCUUUGACCCCGCUGGAGGUGGAGACCCGAUCCUCUACCAACAUCUAUUCUGGUUCUUUGGUCACCCUGAAGUGUACAUUCUUAUCCUCCCCGGGUUCGGCCUUAUCUCACACAUUGUUGCCUAUUAUGCAGGUAAGAAAGAACCCUUUGGGUAUAUAGGAAUAGUUUGAGCAAUAUUAGCCAUCGGUCUUCUUGGAUUCAUUGUCUGAGCCCACCAUAUAUUCACAGUUGGGAUGGAUGUAGAUACCCGAGGUUAUUUUACUUCUGCUACAAUAAUUAUUGCUAUCCCCACAGGCGUGAAGGUGUUCAGCUGACUGGCCACUUUACAUGGCGGUUCAAUUAAAUGAGAGGCCCCUUUACUAUGAGCUCUUGGAUUUAUUUUCUUAUUCACUGUCGGAGGCUUAACAGGGAUCAUUUUAGCAAACUCUUCUUUAGAUAUCGUCCUCCACGACACAUACUAUGUAGUUGCUCACUUCCAUUAUGUCCUCUCCAUAGGGGCUGUAUUUGCAAUUAUAGGAGGUUUUGUGCACUGGUUUCCUCUAUUCACAGGCUACACCCUCCACGGAGGAUGAACUAAAGUACACUUCACAGUUAUAUUUACAGGUGUAAAUCUUACAUUUUUCCCACAACACUUCUUAGGCUUAGCUGGGAUACCACGUCGAUACUCAGACUACCCCGACGCCUACACCCUCUGAAACACAGUCUCCUCAAUUGGCUCACUAGUCUCACUUGUAGCAGUAAUUAUAUUCCUCUUUAUUAUCUGAGAAGCAUUUGCUGCUAAACGAGAAGUACAGUUUAUUCAACUCACAUCUACUAAUGUAGAAUGGCUGCACGGAUGCCCUCCCCCUUAUCACACAUUUGAAGAACCUGCUUUCGUCCGGGCUCUUCCACACAACGAGAAAGGAAGGAAUCGAACCUCCGUAAAAUAGUUUCAAGCCACUUACAUUACCACUAUGAUACUUUCUUAUAUAA